GUCUAGCCCUCCCUUUAGCACGUACACCACUUCCGAAGGUGUGAUAUCUCCUCUGAUUGCCGAUUGCAUCACCGCGUUUACCUUCACGCAAGAAGAUAGCCGCUGCGCGCACAAGAAAGAAGGGACGGCAAUCGGAGAAGCUGCGUGAUCCUCAAAAGUUGGCUCUACAGAUCUCUCUGAAGAGAGCGGAGAGCAGCGAGGAUGUUCGCUACAAGGAGUGAGUAUGACCGCGGGGUGAACACCUUCUCCCCAGAAGGCCGACUUUUCCAGGUGGAAUAUGCGAUCGAGGCGAUCAAGCUGGGGUCUACGGCGGUGGGCAUCCAGACCAAGGAGGGCGUGGUCCUAGCGGUGGAGAAGCGCCUCACGUCGCCCCUCCUCGAGCCCAGCAGCGUAGAGAAGAUCAUGGAGGUGGACUCGCACAUCGGUGCGGCGAUGAGCGGGCUGAUCGCGGACGCCCGAACCCUGGUCGACCACGCCAGGGUGGAGGCGCAGAACCACCGCUUCACAUACGACGAACCCAUGCGCGUCGAGGCGCUGACCCAGGCGGUGUGCGACCUGGCCCUCAGCUUCGGGGAGGGAGGGGGUUCCAAGACGAUGAGCCGUCCUUUCGGAGUUGCCCUUCUCAUGGCGGGGUUCGAUGACCGGGGAGCGCAGCUGUUUUUCAGCGACCCUUCGGGCAUGUUCGUGCGGUACAAGUGCAAGGCCAUCGGUUCGGGGAGCGAGGGGGCGCAGAGCACCCUCCAGGAGGGCUACAGCGACUCUCUCACGCUCGCCGAGGCGGAGGCGUUGGCCGUAUCCACGCUCAAGCAGGUAAUGGAGGAGAAGAUCAACCCGGACAACGUGGAGGUGGCGAGCGUAACCGAAAAGGGCUACUCUGUCUACACUCCAGAGCAGCUGACGGAGGUCCUCCAGAGGUUGUGAAGCGAAUGUAUCUAACUGUUCCCGAUUCUGAAGAAACGAACACGGCGGUCCGAGAAGGAACGUCGGGGGUGAUUUGCUCCCUGGAGUCCUUUCCAAGCAGCUUCGGUUCGUGUUGAGAUGCGGUCUUCGUGCCAUGGCGAGGGCGAGAGGGAUGGGCACGGGUCCUUCCCUACAGAAUCGGAGGCUCUCCGCAGUAGCAGGGCUCCUCGCUGCUGCGUGCGAGCGAGCAAAGCGGGACUCCUCCCCGUAGUGUCGUCCUGUAGAUGGACGGCACAGAAAUAAGAGUAGCCGAGACCACUUCCUUUGUGCGAUAAGUGGAUGGUUUAGAGUACGGUAGAACGCGAAUGCCGUGGGACCGGUUUUGGAAAUACUCCCAUGUUCUUUCGGGGCACGCGCAGUCCGGGUUGCUGUUCGGUUGCUGCAUGAGUCCUGGCGUCGCGAUAUGAGCGCGUGCUCUGUGCGGUCGGCAACUCGUUGCGGGAUGUGGCAGGGAACGUGAAGCCGUCGCCGAAGCGGUGUUAGACUGGGGAUGGUGCCCCGACCCUUUUUUUCUGUGCGUGCUCUGCUUGCCGAGAUGAUUCGGAUGAUGGUGUUCCUUCGUGGGAGAACGAGCGAGAAGGGCAUGCACCCGAUCGCGCACGACUCGCGCACCGCAAAGGACAGCCACAACAAAAGACACGAGAGGAGCG